CGUCCAGACCCUCCCAAAGCCGCUAUCACUUCCUCUCAUUCUUCGCAGCCUUCUCUGCACAUCUAGGGUUUUGAUAGCCAAUUUCAUUUCAGCCACACCAUGAGGGCCAAGUGGAAGAAGAAGAGAAUGAGGAGGUUGAAGAGGAAGCGCCGAAAGAUGAGACAGAGAUCCAAGUAGUCGCCGUCGUCAUCGAUCGAAGUUCAGCUCGGCCGGAAUUUCCUUGUUUUCGUGUUUCUAAUCAAGUAAUCAGCAUCGAUUAGUUCAGUUGUAGUAGAACCUAUUUAUAAAUUUGUACUGUGUUUGAACACAUUUUGCUUAAUUCAGUCGGAUUUGAACUAGUUAUGCUCUUUAUAAUAUCUAUUUUGUGGC